AUGUCACCCUCGCUCCUUCGUUCCCCCUCACCCCUCUACACAUCCCAGCCCGGCAGUCAGAUUGAAACACUGGAGAUGAUCACAACUCCGUCUCAGGGAGCAACCCUGGCUCCUUCAUGGAAACGUCGACUUUCAAAUGAAAAUGAUUUUGAGAAUGCUGUUGGGAAUGCUGUUGAAAAUGCUGUUGAAAAUGCUGUUGAGAAUGAAAAUGCUGUUGAAAAUACUGUUGAGAUUGCUGUUGAGAAUGCUGUUGAGAUUGAAAAUGCUGUUGAAAAUACUGUUGAGAAUGCUGUUGAGAAUGCUGUUGAGAAUGCUGUGGAGAAUGCUGUUGAGAAUGCUGUUGAGAAUGAAAAUGCUGUUGAAAAUGCUGUUGAGAAUGAAAAUGCUGUUGAAAAUACUGUUCAGAAUACUGUUGAGAAUGAAAAUGCUGUUGAAAAUACUGUUGAGAAUGAUGUUGAGAAUGCUGUUGAGAAUGCUGUUGAGAAUGCUGUUGAGAAUGCUGUUGAGAAUGCUGUUGAGAAUGCUGUUGAGAAUGAAAAUUCUGUUGAAAAUGCUGUUGAGAAUGCUGUUAAAAAUGCUGUUGAGAAUGCUAUUGAGAAUGAAAAUGCUGUUGAAAAUACUAUUGGGAAUGCUGUUCAGAGUGCUGUUGAGAAUGCUGUUGAGAAUGCUGUUGAGAAUGCUGUUGAGAAUGAAAAUGCUGUUGAAAAUGUUGUUGAGAAUGCUGUUGAAAAUGCUGUUGAGAAUGCUGUUGAAAAUGAAAAUGCUGUUGAAAAUACUGUUGAGAAUGCUGUUGAGAAUGCUGUUGAAAAUACUGUUGAGAAUGCUGUUGAUAAUGCUGUUGAAAAUGCUGUUGAGAAUACUGUUGAGAAUGCUGUUGAGAAUUUUGUUAAGAAUGCUGUUGAGACUGAAAGUGCUGUUGAAAAUGCUGUAGAGAAUUCUGUUGAAAAUGCUGUUGAGAAUGAAAAUACUGUUGAAAAUACUGUUGAGAAUGCUGUUGAAAAUGUUGUUGAGAAUUCUGUUGAGAAUGCUAUUGAGAAUGCUGUCAAUGCUGUUGAGAAUGCUGUUGAAAAUGCUGUUGAAAAUUCUGUUGAGAAUGAAAAUGCUGUUGAAAAUACUGUUGAGAAUGCUGUUGAGAAUGCUGUUGAGAAUGUUGUUGAGAAUGCUGUUGAGAAUGAAAAUGCUGUUGAAAAUACUGUUGAGAAUGCUGUUGAGAAUGCUGUUGAGAAUGCUGUUGAGAAUAAUGCUGUUGAAAAUGCUGUUGAGAAUGCUGUUGAGAAUGAAAAUGCUGAUAAAAAUACUGUUGAGAAUGCUGUUGAGAAUGCUGUUGAAAAUGCUGUUGAAAAUGCUGUUGAAAAUGCUGUUGAGAAUGCUGUUGAGAAUGCUAAUGCUGUUGAGAAUGCUGUUGAGAAUGCUCUUGAGAAUGCUGUUAAGAAUGAAAAUGCUGUUGAAAAUGCUGUUGAGAAUGCUCAUGAAAAUGCUGUUGAGAAUACUGUUGAGAAUGCUGUUGAGAAUGCAGUUGAGAAUGCUGUUGAGAAUGCUGUUGAGAAUGAAAAUGCUGUAGAAAAAACUGUUGAGAAUGCUGUUGAAAAUGCUGUUGAGAAUACUGUUGAGAAUAAUACUGUUGAGAAUGCUGUUGAGAAUGUUGUAGAGAAUGCUGUUGAGGUUGAAAAUGCUGUUGAAAAUACUGUUGAGAAUGCUGUUGAGAAUGCUGUUGAAAAUACUGUUGAAAAUGCUGUUGAGAAUACUGUUGAAAAUGCUGUUGAAAAUACUGUUGAGAAUGCUGUUGAGAAUGCUGUUGAGAAUGCUGUUGAGAAUGCUGUUGAGAAUGCUGUUGAGAAUACUGUUGAGAAUGCUGUUGAGAAUGCUAUUGAAAAUGAAAAUGAUGUUGAGAAUGCUGUUGAAAAUGCUGUUGAAAAUACUGUUGAGAAUACUGUUGAGAAUGCUGUUAAGAAUUCUUUUGAGAAUACUGUUGAAAAUAUUGUUGAGAAUGCUGUUGAAAAUGCUAUUGAGAAUGCUGUUGAGAAUGCUGUUGAGUAUGCUGUUGAGAAUAUUGUUGAGAAUAAUGUUGAGAAUGCUGUUGAGAAUGCUGUUGAGAAUGCUGUUGAGAAUUCUGUUGAGAAUACUGUUGAAAAUGCUGAUGAGAAUGCUGUUGAGAAUGCUGUUGAGAAGGCUGUUGAGAAUACUGUUGAGAAUACUGUUGAGAAUGCUGUUGAGAAUGCUCUUGAGAAUACUGUUGAAAAUACUGUUGAGAAUGCUGUUGAAAAUGCUGUUGAGAAUCCUGUUGAGAAUGCUGUUGAGAAUGCUGUUGAAAAUAUUGUUGAGAAUGCUGUUGAGAAUGCUGUUGAGAAUGAGAAACAAACCCGAUUUACAACAAUACACUAUAAACCUUUACAACAAAGAUAA